AAACGAGGACAGUAUGAAGUGGAAACACUCAGCCCAUAAAAGCCCAAACCUCACAACAGGGAGAGAGAAGUAGGGUUGGCUUUCUCACUCUCAAUCAGUGGGUUUUCAUCUCUUCGCUUUCUGAGUUCUAGGGUUUUGUGACAUCCCUUGGAACUUUCUUGAUCCAAUGGAGGAAGACAACAGCGCGAGGAUGAAGGGGGUCGUGAAGUGGUUCAGUGACCAAAAGGGUUUCGGUUUCAUCACCCCCGACGACGGCGGCGAAGAUCUCUUUGUCCACCAGUCCUCCAUCAAAUCCGACGGCUUUCGCAGCCUCGGCGACGGCGAGGCCGUUGAGUUCGUCAUCGAUUCAGGCGACGACGGCCGCACCAAAGCCGUCGACGUCACCGGCCCCAACGGCGCUCCCGUUCAGGGCACUACCCGCGGAGGAGGCGGAGGAAGAGGUGGCGGUGGGUAUGGAUCUAGUGGAGGACGCGGAGGCGGCGGCGGCGGCAGGGGUGGACGCGGGGGUGGCGGUUCGGGCGGCGGCGGCGGGUGGGUAACGGCGGUGGGUGGAAAUGCUUGUUUUAAGUGUGGGGAAUCGGGACACAUGGCUAGGGACUGCUUUCAAGGCAGCGGCGGCGGGGGUGGAGGCGGGAGGUAUGGCGGCGGCGGAGGCGGCGGCGGUGGUGGAGGUGGUUGCUACAACUGUGGUGAAGAUGGGCAUUUUGCUCGUGAAUGCCCUAAUGCUUCUCGUUGAAAUGGGUCGAAUCAAAAGCGUGUAUCUUCACGGUUAUUUUCCACUAUCAUCUUUCAAUUUCUUACUGUUCUUGCUAGUUUUUUUAUUUUUUUUGUUUUUGAUUUUUAAUAGGUGAACCAUAUAAUAGAUUUGCUGUUAUUUUAAUGGUCACCUCUUUUUUAUGAUAUUUUGAGUGUUUGCUUUUCAUAGGAUUUCUGGGAUUUGGUGCUUGUAAUCUCUUUCUUCUUUCUAAAGUAGGUCUCUUUGUAUUGAUGGUAUGAUGGGUUUUCAGGGCUUCUCUCUGUCUCUACAUACAUAUAUACACAUGUAUAUUCAUACAUGUCGUUUUGCUAUGAAAGAAUUAAGGUUUACUGAAAUUUUGUGA